CUGAGCGAUAACAACACGAUCACGUCCGAGGGAUUCACCGAUUACCUCUCCGACGAGUCGGACGCCGAGAUCCAGCGCCAGGCGGAGCUCAAGGCCGCGCUGCUCGCGCAGAACCACGCGGAGGAGGUGGAGUUCAACCUUGCCAGGAAGCAGCUGCAGCGGGUCAACUUGCAGCCCCCGAAGUCGUGGAAC